AUGGUCGCGGCUACGUCGCUUCUCGCACUCAAUGCUUUGGCUCAGUCUCCACCAGAACCCAAGGGUUCGGCAUACCUCAACUCAACCACCUAUCAGGGCGCGUCGAUCUCGUUCAAGGAAACUUCAAUCUGUGAGACCACCGACGGUGUCAGAGCUUGGAGCGGGUAUGUCAAUCUGCCACCUUCACCGGAAGAGGGUCGUAGCUACGCGACUCACACGUGGUUCUGGUUCUUCGAAGCCCGACACGAUCCCGAGAAUGCUCCCCUAUCACUGUGGAUACAAGGAGGCCCUGGUGCACCGACUUCAGUCUCCGCCGUGAAUGAAAACGGCCCUUGUAAUCUGCUGAAUGAUUCCAGGACCGCUGUCAACAACCCAUGGUCGUGGAAUGACAGAGUCAAUAUGCUAUACAUUGACCAGCCGGUACAGACUGGAUUCUCGUAUGACACUUUGCGCCCUGGUGUCAUCGCAGAGCCUCUUUCGCCCUUCACCGUACUACCCGCUCAACUUGAGACAAACGAUACGACACUUGCAGGUGUCUUCUCAUCGGGCAACUCUUCCUUGGCACCAAACAGUAGCAUGGCUGUCGCGCCAGCAUUCUGGGAUUUCAUGCAGAUCUGGCUAGAAGAUUUUCCUGGAUACGAGGGUCAAAAAGACAAGUUGAACAUCUGGGGUGAAUCUUACGGCGGCCACUGGGUCCCUACAUUUGCCGAUUACUUCUACAAGCAGAACGAUCGUAUCAACGCUGGCGAAAUCAAUGCCACAAUCUUGAAUAUCGAAUCAGUCGGGCUUAUCAACGCCUGUAUCGAUGCCGAGACCCAGCUACCUUUCUAUCCUGUCAUGGCUGCCAACAACACCUAUGGAAUCAAGAUAUUCAACGAUACACAAUAUCAAUUGGCCAUGGAAGCACUGCCAGAUUGUCUGGACUACGCCAUGAGUUGCAGGAACCUUGCAAAGAAUUUGGACCCUGACGGCUGGGGCAAUCAGACCGACGUAAACAAUGCUUGUGGUAAAGCAUACCAAUACUGCUUUGCAACUGUCGCAAGAGAGACUUCGCUUGGUGCUGUCGAGGGUACAGAUGUCUUCCACUUCGAUAUCGCAUCACCUUUCGUUCAUAACUUCCCACCCCGAUGGGCAGCUGGCUACUUGAACAAUGCAUCUGUACAAGCAGAUCUUGGCGUCCCACUGAACUUUACUGGGUUCUCAGAGACCAUCGCAACUGAGUUCGGCGUUGCAGGUGACUUCAUCAAAGGCAACAACCUUGCCAUCCUUGGCCAAUUGCUCGAUCGCGGAGUCAAAGUCUCUCUCAUGUAUGGCGAUCGCGACUAUCAAUGCAACUGGUUUGGUGGCGAAGCUAUCAGUCUUGCAAUCAAUUCAAGUGCAUCCACUGGCUUUGGUCAGGCAGGCUACACCAAUUUCGAGACCAAUUCUUCAUACACCGGUGGAUUGACACGGCAGUAUGGGAAUCUGUCAUUCACCCGAGUAUUCCAAGCUGGUCAUGAAGUUUCCUACUACCAACCCGAGACUACGUAUCAGAUAUUCAACCGGGUCAUCUUUGAUCUUGACGUCGCAACCGGACAGACCUCGACCGCAAGCAAUUCAAACUCGUCGGUCAUCUCCACAACAGGCAACUCGACUGCUCUGCUCUCCAUCGGUCCACCCACCAAGUAUGAAUCGGACGCACCAUCUUGCUACCUCUGGGACAUUCUCGAGACCUGCACCCCGCAGCAGAAACUCUUGUUUCAAAAUGGUAGCGCCAUCACAGAAGACUUUAUUCUUGUCGGCUACGGGACUGCCGAUGGGAAAAAGGUCAUGUUCAACGAGACUGGGGGAGCUGGGCCAGGGAGUGACAACGGCAAUGUCACAUCACCACAGCCGUACAGUCCAAGCAGCGGUGCUACGCUUAGCUUCCGAAUGGAUACACAGCUCAUUGGUCUGAUGCUCGUUCUUGUGAUUGCACUGGUGUAA